GGCAGGGAGUGAGUAAGACCCUCCUUUAUCGCUCAGGAUGGGGUGGGAACCAACACAAAAGACUCACGUGGGGGGAAGGGACAUGACGUGCCACUGGUGCAGUAAACUGUCAGUUACAUAGCUGUAGACACACACACACAGACUCUUAUUUCAGAGUACAGGCAGGCAAAUAGCUAAACACAUACCAAAUCAGAGUGCAGUACCAAUUUAUAUAUAGAGCUGCCAAGUAGGGAGCACACAUGAGAACAACCCAUGGGGAACACAGAUAUGUAUUUUUGGAAACAGAGAGAGGGGGCUGUACUGAGAAUAGUGAGCUACUGAAUGAGACUCAGAGCAAUGGAGAGAGAGGAAUAUGAGUAAUGCAGCACAUACUAAAAAAAGAGGUAGCGAGAGAGAGGUAGCGAGAGAGAGAGAGCGAGAGAGAGAGAGAGAGAGAGAGAGAGAGAGAGGUGAGCAAGCAAGCGGAGGAUCAUCCUGCCUAGCAACGUCAUGAAAUCAGAAUAGGAGCUGUUCACUCAGCACAGCACUGGCUGCUCUCUUCGACGCAUCGGUCCACCCGUCAGCCUGCCUGAGAAGUGGCCAGACCCAGGGGCAUGGAUUAUGAAUGGGGGGAGGAAUGAAUGAGGAUCAAAGCAGCCUCUGCAUCCACGCGAGACGCCUUUGUGUGACAGACCAGGGGGGGCUCACAAAGACACCGGGCAUAGAACGGGAGAGGAGAGCGGCACAGGAAGCGGUUCACUAACGAACGGCAGCAGGACGCAGACCGAGGCCAAGCAGGAGGAAAAAAAGGAAUUUGGAAAAAAAAAGGAAGACUAGCGAUGCGAAAAAUAAGCGAUGUCCAUGGAAUGACGGACUACUAUCACAGCUGGCAGGAGCGCAUGUCCAUAACCGUGGGGUGAGGGUGCCAACUGUGUCACGAGAAGCAAGCAGCAGCCGCCUCUGCACAACCCAGACGAGUGCACAACGAGAAAGACAAGCAUGAAGGAGUCCUUACUGCAGGAUAGCAUUUCACCAAUAGUACUUCCUGAGUGACCAUCACCAUGAGCUGCGCGUCAACCUUCUUGUGGGAGCCCUAGAGGGUUUUCUCCAGGAAAGUGGGCACCGUCCAUCAUGCCCAGAUGGUCAAAGCUUGACUGGAUGUGACUGGCAUUGAUGUGUGCCAGUGGCGCUCGGCAGCCAGGAUGCAGUGGAGACGACGGCACUGCUGCACACACAUCGCCGUACUCCUCUCCCUGCUCUCCUUCGUAGGCUUGCUCCUCAUCCUGGGCCACCAGGACUGGCGGCCCGGACGCUCCAGCAGGAGGGAGAGCCAGAGCGCUGCAGCUGCCCGCGGGCCAGGGCAGCCCAGAGCAGAGGCCACCCACGGUCAGGGCCACAACCACAGCCUCCUGCCCCGCGUCAGUGUGACGUGGAGGGAUUCCCUAGCUCCGCCGGCCAAUGCAAACCCCAAGCCUGUGGUGGACCUCAGCUCCUUCCCUGGGGAGGAGGGUGGGGUGGCCGGCCUGGAGAACUCGCUGGGUGCCAACAGCAGCCUCAGCGAGGAGAUGAAGGCGGCUGGGUCCACGCUGCUCCUCGAGCCCUACGAGUACAUCAUAAACGAGCCCAACAAAUGCCGGGACAGCACACCCUUCCUGGUGCUGCUAGUCGCCACCGAGCCCGAGCAGAGGGAAGCCCGGGAUGCCAUCCGGCAAACGUGGGGGAAUGAGAGUGUGGCCGACGGCCUGGGGAUGGUGCGGCUUUUCUUGCUGGGAACAAGGAAUGCCAGCAGCAGGGCAGAAGGUGAGGAGCUUCAUCGAUCUUUAAGAGCUGAGAGCCAGGUGUACCACGACAUCAUCCAGCAGGAGUACCUGGACACCUACUACAAUCUGACAGUUAAGACUCUGAUGGGAAUGCACUGGGUGGCCACCUACUGCCCUGGCGCCAACUACGUUAUGAAGACAGACAGUGACAUGUUUGUCAACACAGAGUACCUCAUCCAGAAGCUACUCCGGCCUGGCACGCAGCCGAGGAGGAGGUACUUCACUGGGUACCUCAUGCGAGGGUAUGCGCCAAACCGCAACAAAAACAGCAAGUGGUACAUGCCACCAGAGCUCUACCCAAGUGAGCGCUACCCGACUUUCUGCUCCGGAACAGGGUACGUGUUCUCAGGAGACAUGGCGGCCAAGAUCUACAGGGCCUCGUUGAGCAUACGGAGGCUUCACUUAGAGGACGUCUACGUGGGUAUCUGUUUGGCCAAGCUGCGGAUUGAUCCGACGCCUCCACCAAACGAGUUUCUGUUUAACCACUGGCGCGUCUCCUACAGCAGCUGCAAGUACAGCCACUUAAUCACCUCCCACCAGUUUCACCCCAACGAACUUCUCAAGUUCUGGCACCACCUGCAGAGCAACAAGCACAACGCCUGCAUAAACACACCCAAAGACAAAGACAGGGCCGGUAGGUUUCGCCAAAGAAAGCUGCACUGGGGCCAAGUUCUUGGGUGAUCAAUAAUCGGUAAGGAGAUACAAACUCUAUGGCCAUGAUAAAGGUCUGAAGGAAAGGCAUCACAAAAGUGGAGUUAAAAGCACAAGAUGGUAUGGGACAUUAUCUGUUAACAAUUUGUUUUCAGUCGUUUCAGUUUUUGUGGUCCAAAGUACACAUUUUAAUGUACAUAUUACUAUAAGAGCGAAAAUAAAUCUGAGCAAAAUAA